AUGCCAGCAAACCUGAGCUCCAGCUCAGGGAAGUCCAGAACCCCCGAAGCGGGUUCCUGGCGAUCGGCAUUGGAAUCCUUGGAGAUCAACGACGAUCACUGGUGGUGCAUGGUGGUGAUGAUCGUGGAGACCCUGCCAGAUCAUUCCCGUUUGUUGUCCAUGAUAAACGAGACAGCAGAGGAAGGGCCAAGAAAAUCCAUCCACGCGUUGAGCUACCAGAAGUUGAUGAGCGCCCUGAGGACCCUAUCAAAGGGCGACCCGAACAAAUGUCCACCUCUUCAAGGUGUCUGUCACCAGGCGGCGAAGGUUCUGUCCGAGAACGUGGAGGGACUGCCCACCUGGCUGCUGGCCAGGGUGAUCAAGUUCCUGGUGUACCGAGUCAAAGUCGACGAUGUGACCAGGUCCAGAAGACAGAUGGAGAUCGACCACGACCUGGACCGCGAGCUGCAGCUGAUGAAGACCGCAACGACCGACCCUGCCUCGGCUGGGGUGUUGGAGAAGCAGAAGAACCCAACAUCGGACCACUCCACCAAGCCGAAAGCCAACACACAGCUGAGGAGACGAGGAGAAGAGUGGAGGGACCAGGUGUUCGUGGACGACGCCCCGCCGGAGGGACCAAGGGUCUUCGUCAUCCUGUCGGGUUUCCAUGACCCUGAGCUGCCUCUGCAGCUGGUCAAAGCUGGAGUUCCGUUGACUUGCUUGCUCAAAAUAGAGCGACCUGGAGAGAAGGUCCAGCCUCCGUCGGAUGUUGAAGUCCAUAGAGUGGUGCCGGUCUCCAACAGGAGGAAGAUGAUGAUCUUCCGGGACCAGGAGACCAGGAAGGAUGAUCUGUACAGGUUCUGGACGGGGUUUGAGGAGAGCCUUAAGAGCGCCUCCGUCAGGCAGGACUUGGGUGGCUUGAUGUGUAGGACCUUCUGCCCCCCAGAAAUCCCGAAGUCCUUGGACCACGAGCAGUACGACAGGACCAGAAGAGACCUGUACGACAGGCUGUCAUUUCUCGUCUAUGACCUGUACGACGUACAUCGGCAGCACAUCAAGUACUUGAGAAGCAUGAAGUUGCAGGAGAAACUUGAAGAGCAGUCUUCGAUCGGCAUGAAACGUUACACGACCAUCAUGGAUUCCAUUCCGUCAGAAUGUGUUCUGAUACCAUUGGUCCUGCACGCUCUGUUGGCUCAGGUCGAAACUGACGUGCCUUGUUUCAUUCCUGACCAUGAAAAAAAUCGCGAAGACUUUGAAGAAGUACUUCAAAAAUCUCCGAUUCGACGGAGUGAGGUUGGAACUUCGCUGGAUGAUCUACUUUCAGGUCCUGGAUCAAGGAUCGCAGACAGGAUCAAGCAGCUAAACCUGAAGUACGGAUUGUCCCCUGAAGACCAGUCAGAUUCGAGCAUCGAAGAUCCUAGGCUGGUUCUUCACGGCCACUAUUUAGACGCGAACACCUACCACCUCCACCUUGAAGACGACCCACGCGAGCCGAGCUCAAAAUCUUCCCUAUCAAACGGAAUCCUGAACACCAUGAAGAAUAUUUGGAUUUUCAAUUUAUGGGAACAGUUUGAGGAGCUGUCAGAAGAGAACCUGGAGAAGUACGCGUUUCACAUCGACAGACUGGCACACUGCUUCAGGACGCGCAUCAACGAGGCAGGAGUUAGGCAUUAUAUUAAUUUUUUGAUCUUUGAUAAAAUGGUCCAUGGGGAGAGACUUCGGCAGAACCUGAAGGAAGGGGAGGAAUUGGAGUACAAAGUUUCGUUCCCAUAUGUGAAGAUGCUGAAGACAGGAAGGGAGAGGAAGGUGAAGUCGUUUUCGUCCUUGAUUUUGGAGGACGAGAAGUCGAUGUCAGAUGACAAUGGGAUCAAGGGGUUUGGAAGUGACACCCAAAUCCGGUACAGGGAGAGUAUAAGGGACACUUUCGAGUGCCCUUCUUUGGUGGCCCUGAUGGACCCUAGGGAGAUGCUGAAGCCGGGCUUCCUUAAAGAAGCUGGAACCAUUAAGAGACGGGAAAGUCCACCUCUCAGAGAAUUCGACGAUGGCCAGCUUCUUAGCCCUGAAGUGUUCCUCCAGGCAGUUUUCGACUGCAUGCAGGAUUUCCAGAUCCUGAAGUACGAGUACCUGGAACCCACCGACACGAUUCUCCUGUGCUUCAAGAAUGAGUACGAUGCCGAAGGGAUGUCCAGGAGGGAAGUGAUCGCAAAAAUUCGGACUCCAGUUUGCCUUCGGGAUUUCUGCGAGUACGUAUUGGAUGAAGAGGUCGACUGGGUGAGGUCGGAAGAAACCACCCACGACCUGGAGAUCCUCCAGAAAUUGAAGGAGACCCUGAAGAGCGAGGACGAAGACGAAGAGACGGGGAGAAAACUGAAGUUCACGGACGAGGACUUCAUCUUGCCCAAUUCGCUCAAGGCGCAAGAUGGCAAGAAGCUGAAGAGCGAAGUUGCGAGGGAUCAGCUGAAGAGCCGAACUCCGGAAGUGGGGCCGGAAAAGGGGAAGUCGAAGGAGUCGGCUUUGAAAGUGAAGACCAAGGUCGACUCUUCAAGGAAUAAGAGAUUCAAGGACCUCCUCGACACCUCCUUUCUGCCUCUUCGAGAAGACCUUACACCUCGAUGCGCCAAAGAUGAAGAGCCCCACGAAUUCGUGGGGUACGAUCUUGGCAAUCAUCGGGUCCAAGUGGUGAACAGAAACGACACGUUUUUCUCCGUAGAUGGCACUCGGGUCGAGGUGGACCUUGAAGAGUGGUUAUACGAGAAGCCUAAACUGCACCUGAGGGUUACGCUAUCAGGAUGCACCCUCUACUUGCACCACACCAUCGGGGACUUGCGUUCAGAAGACAACCCUUUCCAUCUGAUGACCAAAGACGGCAUCGUCCUGGCUUUCAACAAAGUACCGAGGUCCAAACACAGGAGGAGCGACCCUGAAGACCGUUGGACAGAGCUGAUCUAUGAAUUCCGAGCAUCCUGGCCUUCUGGACUCGUCAUCGAACCCAUCAUCGGUGAUGGUCCCGAGAAUCCUUUCCUGAUCCAGCAGUCCUACAUCAGCAAGGGUCCGGAAUGUCGUGGAAUCCUUCAGGAAUGCUACAGAAAAUUCCUGAGGAACGGGACCGUUCUAUCCUUCCUGGACGACGACACAGUGACGAUAUACCGACCCGAUGGGACAAUCGUCAGAUGCAAGGGUUUCGAUGCUCCUCAUCAUUCCCCCAAACCAGAAGACCCGUCCGAUGUUUCCAGGGAAAGGGCCCGAAAUGGCAGGAAGUCCUGGAGGACUUCUCUGACCGGGAAAACGAGGAGGAGAUCGCAGUUUAAAACCGGAGAUAGUGACCACUCCGAGGACGAUCAUGAUAGAUCAGGAUUGUCCGAGGAUAUCGCCACGGAGGUUCGGAAGAAGUCAUUCGAGUACGUGUCACCAGUAAAGAUUACUCGUUACUCCGUUUUGGAAAGCGAUGGCAGAUACUAUGAGGUCUUCGAGGAUCACCUGAUCGGCGAAGAAGAUGAGCUUCUCGUGAGACAAGCUUCAGACCUUGAAGUGGACGAGAAGUUCAUAAGACGAGCAGACGGCACGGAUAUGUUGCUGACCUCGAAAGGUGACCUAGCGGUCUCAUUCCCAGACGGGACCAGAAUUACCACCGGAUUCAUCGUCGAGAAGACGCCCGUAAUCUGCGAUUGGACCGACGAAGAGUGGGAGAUGUACUUCGAGAACAGCCCUAAUUUCCCUUCCGACGAUAUGUCCGAAGAUGGCGGAUUUCUCUUCUGCCACCCCCUGAAGAGGGGUGGGGACAUCCGCAGAAAGUGGCUGAUGAAGUACGAGAGCUUCGUCUCGAUCAAGAUGAAGAGUCUCAUGGAACACAGGAAUUAUGCCAGCGUCGGGUUUGAUCAGUCCAAGAUCGACUGCACCCUGAAGAUGCCCGGCGAGGUCGAGGUCAAUUUUUCGAGGAAGGCCCUGCUGGAUGUCCUCGUGACACCGAAAGUGAAGCUCAAGCUCAGGGACGACUACCUCCAGUUCUACAUGGAGGUCUGCAAAGAGUGUGGCGGGACUUCCGACACGGUUUGCAAGAUGUCCUUGGAAAAGGAAAACGCCGUAGACCUGGUUCACACAUCGGACGUGCUCGGUAACGUCUUCAAGGUCCAUUCGGAUGGCACCACGAGUCAUCGGAGCGUCCCUGGAAGUUGUUCGAUGUGGGACCCUGAAGACGGUUCAGAAUUCCAGGAUCCCACCUGCCCUAAAAAAUGCACCCCAUUGGGGUUCCCUCUCAGGAGCAGGUUCAGGGUCUUCGCCAUGAAGAGGGACCUUUCUGCCUAUGAGUACAUGCAUCGAUCUGACGCCAUUAGCGAGGAAAUGGCUGCGGUUCAUGGAGAACGCUCUAGCGUGGUGUACUACCCCGUACCAGGAAGACUUGGGCUUAGGUACCUGAUGACCAUGGUCUCCAUGACGCCGAAGACGCGUUCCCAGUUCUGGUUACAAGAUUACAAGGUUCCACAAGUCAGGCCGACCAACCACACCAGGACGGACAUCCUGCGCAGCACUUACAAUGUUCCCUAUAAUUGGUUAUUCCCGUUUGGAAGGACCGGAAACGGGAUAAAUCCAAACACGUGGGACGAGCCAUUAUCGAGCUGCCAGGACUCUGGGGUGCCAGAAGUGCUGAUAGUGAGGAUCCUUCAAAGGAUAAAGGGCAGGGACGAAGACGCCGUGGUGGCUUUGCAGACCGCCUUGGGGUCCUACUGGAGUAAGUUCAUGAACGCUUUCGAGGGGUAUCGAUCCUACUUCCCGGAGGGCAGCCUGAACCAUCGGGAGGAGAGGUUAAAAAUUUGGCUCAGAGACGUGUCCCUGGGGCGGAGAAGAACCCUGGACCAGGAGAUCUACCUUUCCGGGCUUUCCGAAAACCGAGCCCCGGAAUCCAACUGGAGCCUCGUCAGGAUCUCCAGGAUCUCCAGACACAUCCAGAAGCGGACCCUGAAGAAGGCCGAGGUCGAGUGGUACAAGGAGUGCCUGAGGGAGGGCACCAAUAUCCCGUAUUUCGAGAACAUCGCCGGAUCCUGCUUCCUCUGGGUGAAGGACUGCCUCGAGGAAGCACUGAGGCUGGGGAACACGAAGAAGGAGGAGACCCGGGGACAACCUCGUUCUUUACUCGAAGAGGUUGCAGUCGAUUCCCUCGAAGAACCAUCCCGAGAGUCAUUGACGUCCCCUUCGAUGUGA